CGAUUUUUAUUAAAUUUCCACUCUCUUAAAAUCAGCCAGUCUUCGUUUUCUUCGCCAUUCUCCUUUUACAAAACCAGAGAUCGGCGAAACCCUUGCUCCCUCCUUCGAUCUCCUCUGUGAUUUCUUCAACAAUCUUUUAAUUUUUUCUCACCAAAAUUCAUCAAAUUCAAAGAGGAAAGAUGCCAAGGUGCGAGAACGCUUCAUCGCGUCAAGAAUCGGCGGCAGAAGAAGGUGAGAGGCCAUGGCGUCGUGAAGGGAGCAAGUACAUCCACAUCCAAACCGGACUCGCCUUCAACACCGGGGCUUCAGCCGAGAGGUUCCACAACACCUUUCUGACGAAGGAGAUCGUCUCACCUAAGAUUGUGAACAAGGACCUCUUCAAAUCAGCGACCUAUGCCCCGAGUAAGUCUCUUUUCUCUCAGCAAGACCUUACUCGAGACACUCAGGUGCCGGUCAAGAAGACUUGUUUCAUCACUGAAGCCAAGUUUUCCUGGAUCGUGUACCGUGAGCAGGGCGAUGCUGCACCAAAUCUGGACCUGAUAGUCGCAGACGAAGAAAAGAGCCAAAACGAGACUCAAGCUGAGUCAUCUCGUGCCGGAGGAAGUCGAGCCACGGAGCGCGUCACUCGCUCCUGGUAUGAACCACCCUACUGCCGUGACUACACCCUGUGUGCUGAAGAACAAAUCGAAGCAAACAAGGUGGCAAUUCGAGAAAGAGCAAAACUUCUCGAAUCAGUCCGGAAGGAAAAGGAGUUCAAAAGGAGAUUAUGCGAAGGAUCAGAUAUGAUUCAGAAAAUGCUGGAUGACUUCCAAAGAGAGAGACUCGAAGCUGAGGCUAAGGCUGAUGAAUUAGUCAAUGAUCUCUGUAAGGCUAUUGAGCUUAAACGCUCCCUCCAAUCUCAAGAUCAAAUGAGGGAGGUUAAUGCUCAAAACGAGGCUCUAGAACCUAAGACCAACCCUAAACCAUUCAACCAUCAGGUUCCAGUUCUAGAAGAUUCACCCAGUUUUUCACCAUCACAGAAACCCGAGAGCAUAACAACUCUCGCUAGGGCUACUGUGGUGAUGUUACCUGAAUGUCCUCCUAGCCAAGUCUCAACCAGCAUAGUCGUACAAGAGGUGGAACCAACUGAAGGACCUGACUCAGAACCACCUAGGUUUAUUCAAGAAAAGAAGGAGGAGGAAGUUUUGCCUAUGGCAAUAAACGACCAUCUCCUUAAUUUUGUUGAAGGGACACCUCCAGAGGAACCUGUUCUGGAGGAAAUAGAGCCCAUUACAUGGCCCCAAGAUACCAAUGUCCAAGAGUCCGAGCAGGAAUCUACAUGCGAGGAAAUACUUUACAUAGAAAGGCGACUCCGUCUAUAGAAACCUAUGUACGUAAUGCUUCAUCUGAAGACUCAGACCAAACCUUCUUUGACUCCCUACUUGACGGGUGUGACGAUGUCUGCCCGAAGGAUGGUUGGAGCUUAAGGAGUUGGGAUGAACUUCUGAUGAGUGACACUGAAGACUGUUAGCCUUGGUUUGCUAAGCCUCAUGUUUUGAUGUUAACAAACAAUAUAAGAGCUUAACGUUU